AGGAUGCUGAGAUUCAGCAAUUACGUCAUGAUAUUUUACGUCUUCGUGACCAUGUGGCUCCCUCUAUAGGCAGUGAUAACCAUGACAAUUCAAAUGGAUACCAUGGUAAUGGUGCUCCAAGAGAGAGACAGGUGCAUUUUAAUCCAUCAGUACAAAUACAACCUGAUGAAAAAAAUCAAGUGCCAUACAACCUUCCAUCUACAAGAGAUUCAUCCCAAUUGGGAGUGAAUGGAAGAGCCUAUAACUCACAGGGAGGCAAUUUCUUUGCUGGAACAGCAAGUAUAGAUGGCUCUUAUAGACCAUAUGAUGGAACCAAUGCCCCUAUACCACAGGAUAUGGGACAAGCAACAUCAAAUAUAGGACACAUGGCACCCAAUAUGGAACAUAUGGUUUCAAAUAGUAAUCAAAUUCCUCCAGGAACUUAUACUGGAAAAGUGAAUUCAAAUAUGGGACAUCCAACUUCAAAUAUGGUCCAGAUGCCCGCUACUAUGAGUCAAAUGACAUCUCAUAUGCCAAACCUCUCAAAUAAUCAAAUCCCUGUAACAUUCAGUCAGAUUCCUACAACACAGAUUCCUCCAGUACAUUCCAGUGUCAUUCCUACCAUCAUUCAACAAGGAGCUCCAUUUCCUGCUGUGACCCAAAUAGCUCUGACCCCUGCUGUCACACAGCAAGGAGCUCCACCCCCUGUUGUCACUCAACAUGUAGCUCCACCUACUACUGUCACUCAACAAGUGGUUCCACCUCCUACUGUGCAACAAGUACCUUUGACCACUGAGGGUCUCCCUGUAACAGAUGAUGGCCUCUAUUGUAAUGUGCCAGAACAUCAUGAACU